ACUUGUAGCGCCCUCUGUUUAGGAAAUAGCUUUCCUCUGCCUGAUUACACAAACAAUCCUCUCGUCGUUCGGACUACCAAAGGCUUGGUGCGGGGAGUAACAUCUCGAUCAGCUACUGGAAAAUUAGUAGACGUUUACUGGGGAAUUCCCUACGCUAAGCCUCCUAUAGGAGAAUAUAGGUUUCGUCACCCAAAACCUAUAGAUCCUUGGAGUGGAAUCUUUAACGCUACAGAAAAGCCCAACUCCUGUUUUCAAAUCAGUGAUACAUUCUUCGGAAACUUUUCUGGUUCCACAAUGUGGAAUCCUAAUACUUUAUUAAGUGAGGAUUGCUUGAAACUGAACAUUUGGAUUCCUCGGCCCCGACCGAAAAAUGCUGCAGUUUUGGUGUGGAUUUUCGGUGGCGGUUUCUAUAGUGGAACUACAACAUUGGAUGUGUAUGAUGCUAAAAUUUUCGCUUCCGAGGAAAAUGUUAUAAUUGUUUCGAUGAAUUAUCGAGUAGCAUCACUUGGGUUUUUGUACUUCAGCCAUCCUGACUCUCCAGGUAACGCAGGUUUGUAUGACCAAUUAAUGGCCUUAGAAUGGGUGCGAGACAACAUUGGCUUGUUUGGUGGUAAUCCUCACAACAUAACUUUAUUUGGUGAGAGUGCAGGCGCCGUUAGCAUUGGUCUUCAUCUCAUGUCACCUCUUAGCAGACAUCUAUUCAGUCAAGCAAUCAUGCAAAGUGGAUCCGCAACAUCUCCCUGGGGUAUUCUUGAUCAUAAAGAAUUGAUCACACGUGGUUUGCAGCUUGCCGAAGCAGUAAAAUGUCCUCAUGAUCCAAGUUAUUUAGAAGCAGUUAUAAAAUGUCUUCAAAAGACUGACCCAAUGAUUUUAAUUGAAAAUGAAUCUGGAAGUUUUGGCAUCGUAGAUUUUCCUUUUGUACCGGUUGUAGAUGGUACUUUCAUUGAUGAACACCCUUCCAAAUCUCUCGAAACAAAGAACUUUAAGAAAACUAACAUUCUUAUGGGAAGCAACACGGAAGAGGGAACUUUUUGGAUCGUCUACUACUUAACGGAGCUUUUCAAAAAGCAGGAAAAUGUGUAUUUGACGCGAGCAGACUUCAUAAAUUCAGUUAAAGAACUAAAUCCGUAUAUUGGCGAUGUUGGCCAAGAAGCCAUAAUCUUCCAAUACACGGAUUGGCUGGAUCCAGACGAUCCUAUCAAGAAUAGAGAUGGAAUUGAUAAGAUAGUUGGUGAUUACCAUUUUACUUGCAGUGUAAAUGAAUUUGCCUAUCGAUACGCCGAAACUGGAAAUGAAGUAUACAUGUACUAUUUUACUCACCGAUCUUCCGUCAGCCACUGGCCAGAAUGGAUGGGCGUUAUGCACGGGGACGAAAUUUCUUUUGUAUUCGGAGAACCCUUAAACCCAACAAAGAAUUACAAUGAGCAAGAAAAAGUCUUAGCCAAAAGAAUUAUGAGGUAUUGGGCCAACUUUGCUAAAACCGGAAAGCCAAGUCAAGGUCCAGGUGAAAAAUGGGAAAAGAUCUAUUGGCCUGUGUACACCCCCUACGGUCGAGAGUACUUAACUCUCGAUGUUAACUCUACAAAGACUGGUCGAGGCCCACGAGCUCAGUAUUGCGCUUUCUGGCAGCAUUAUUUGCCUAAGCUUGUGAAGGAGACUUCUCCUCACGCGAAUCCGGUUCCAGGAUGUAUGAGCAGCGCCGCCACUCCACGGAUAGUUCCUUUGCUCCGAAAAUCCGUUAUCUUGGUGGCUUCAGUGGUAAUCUUUCAAUAUGGCGUCAAACAAAUGUAGAGAAAUGUUUGUAUCUGUUUCUAAGUGAAUAUGGCGAAAAGGAAUACAUAUGGUAAAAGAGCUGAAUACGUGUUUGUGAGUUUAUAUAUACAGUGAAGAUGGUUUCCACGGGCCACCAGUGAAGUGCAAUCUAGAACAUUACUCCGAAAAGACUGAUGUAUGCUAUGUUUGAAAUAUCCACAUCAUUUACAAGUUAGAAAAAGCAAAGUUGUUCAAGUGAUAAAUCUGCGAGAACCCAAUGAAAUGAAAACUGAUUAUUGACAUAAAAUCCACUCUUUAUCGGUUAUAUUUGUCAGUGUAUAGUGUAAGAACAACUUAAAUGUUGCAUAGUAGUAGUAGUAUGAUUAGUUGCCACCACUAUAUGAGUAAGUCUCUAAGAUUUCAAGUUUGUAUCCUAGGAUUAGUUCAGGAAAUUGUUCUAUACCUCAUUGUACUUUCGAUAUUUGUUUUCAGUGUUAGUUACUGUAGGAUUGUUAUAUAGAUUCAGUCAGUAAGUGAAACGGUUUUCGUACCUAAGCAUUUCCCAGGUUUUAAUUAGUGAGCCACCAACAAGAUCUGUCCGGUGAUCUAUGUAACGGUGCUCAUGAUAGAAUUUCCAUUGCUAAAGACAUUAAAUGAUGGUUUUUUGUUGUUUUUUUCUUUUUGCCUAUCAAAAGUAAAUGUUAUGUAUUCCAUACAAGCCAAGCGCCAUUUUCUGAGCACUCUAGUGAUAAAUAUGCACCUAUAAAAUUGAAUGUAAUUCUUCAACCAGGCUACUAGAUUUUCAGAUAUAAUCAGCUAACACAACAAAUAGCUCGGAUUUGA